AAGACCGACAUUACGAUGAAUAUACAAGACAGUAACAACAGUUUGGCUCAACUGGAUACAAAAACAUAUGGUAACCUAACAGACGAUCUCUUUGACUUUUUCAAUACACCAUACGAAGCAGAUACAAAACCCGUAAGUCCUGUGAUAACGUCCAUUGUACUCUGCGGUUUAGGUAUACUUGCAAAUAGUUUAUCUAUUUUUGCAAUAUUAUAUUUGCAUAAUAAAUUGUCUACACAUCUAAAAUUGAUCAUCAAUUUAUGUGUUUCUGAUGCAUUGAUUGUCGUUCCUACACUGGUCAGCAAAAUAAUUUACAUGACGGAAACGUCAACGUUUUGUUCCGCAGUUGCGGAAAGGUUGAUUAUCGAUCUGGCACUUCUUGCAACUCUUCUAAAUUUACUAAUGAUCGCGGUAGAUCACUAUUUUGCCAUUCUCAGACCUUUGCUAUACAGGAGGAAAAUGACAAACUUCAGAGGAAACUUUUUCAUCAUAGGAAUCUGGGUUACAAGUCUUUUUGGAAUUGCAUUAGAAAUUCUUGCCGGUGUUGUAGUCAAAAACAAAAACGAUUCGUUAUGUGGAGCAAUUGCUUUUGACGAAUACGAUUCGGAAAUUUGUAUCGUGGGAUUCAUCUUUGUCGUCCUUCUCGUGGUUAUCGUGAUCUAUACGAGGAUCUACAUUCGAGUUGUCAAGCUUAUUUCCACGCAUGAGAGGAGGCGGUACCACCAUUAUGAUUCCGGGAGUUUUAAAGCCCUCGUAACAACAUCUCUAUUCGUUGGCACGUUCGUGCUCUUUUGGACACCUAUUGGAAUAUUCAACGUGUACAGUUACAUGCAGACUGAAUCGUACAUUUUGAAAAACCUGCAGAAGAAUACACUGAUUGGCGACAUAUUGUUUCUAAUUUUACAGCUGAAUACUAUUGCAGAUCCGAUUAUUUAUGCUCUCCGACUACCACCAGUUCAAAGAGGAUGUAAGGCAUUAGUGGAGAAACGCAUAUUAGUCAGAAAGGAAAAAUCAACCUCCGAAAUGGCGUACUUGUAAAUUGAGAACGAAGAUGAAUUUAUGUUUAGGGUUGCUUUGAUUUCGUAAAAAACAUUGACCGUUUGUUAAUUAGUUGUGACGACACACUCCUCAACUACCGGCGAGCUUUGGAAAAGCCAACAUUCUGAUGUAGCAUCAGAACGCACGCUUUCAAUGGGCAAGAUCCAUUAAAUUGCACGUAACUCAUUCGACAAUGUGACUUAAAAGAAUAGACACCACACAUCGAGCUUUAUAGUAUUUCUUCAGAAAUGGCAUUAUCAAAUAAAUGCGUAUCAGUUAAAUAUAAGAAUAUGUAUCAAGUGGGAAAUCUACUGAUGCUCUAUAUUCAGUAGGCUUGAAACAAGAUGUACAUUCAGAAUAUUUGUAAGUAUAUAUCCGGAUUAAGGAUGUAGUAUACCUUCUCAUUUGUAUGUGUGUAUGCACAGCCGAAAGCUAACGUGAGAAAAUACGACAACGUUUAAGACAAACUAAAUGUGUUUGUAUAUCUAUUCUCCUGAACAGCUGAGAUAAACAUUUAUAAUUCUUUUAUCUGUAAUUUCCUACUGUCUAUGCCUCCUUUGAGUAUUUAAAGAUGUUUAAAAUAGUUUUCUUUUUAUCUAAACUCGUCAAUUAAUUGAAAAAAUUAAGAUCUAGCCAUGAAAUGCGUGGCAUAAAAUUGGUUCGAAUAUUAGAUUUUCUGUACGCCGUUAAAAGAAUGAUAUUCCGACCCUACUGCAUUAUAAUUGCUAAUUCUACAGACUCAGUUGUUUCUGAGUUCCUACAGGUCUUCAAGCUAUAAGUGAAUAUGCUGAUUAUCUCUAAAGCAUUUGUAGCUUUUAUGCAGUGUUAAUCUGCUUUUUGUAUAAAGGCAAGUUUUGAAUUGCAUAUCUGAAUUCGAGUACGUAGGUACUGUUACUGUUUACAAUACUUAUAUAUGUAUACAUGUUAUAUUUGCAUUGUUGUUUGAAUAGUAUGUGCUCUUCUAAAGAAAGGAAAUAAAGAAUGUCUAUCUAUCUUCUGACAUCGAUUUCAAACAAUUGGUACUGAAAUACACAUUGAACAAUUGUAUUAUCAAAAGCCUUAUUCGAUUAAGACACAAUAAAGAGAGUUUCUCUCGGACACAAAUAUUUCAUCAAACCUUGCAAAAUAAACAAAUAAUGCACCGUACUUCUAAUGUUGCGAUAUCCUAAUUGCAUA